UGCAAUAAAGGCAGAUAGCGGACCAUGGGGAGCAGGGGAAAACUUUUUAUACUGACAUGUUAGCGCAAUGACUUUUGAGUAACAUCUAACUGGGACGAGGCUCCCGGCGUGAGGAGGACAGGGCCCUUUACGGGGAUAAAAAAGGAGCACUUGCCAUCUGCCGGGGAACGAAAAGCAAAGACGGCAAAAGAGUUGAGACCAGUCCAAGAAUCAGCGGUGGAAAAUCCAGUUUAGCCAUUUGAAUUGAAAGAUGAGCUUGUUGUCUGCCAUAGACACGAGUGCCUCCGUGUACCAGCCUGCGCAACUUCUCAACUGGGUCUAUCUUUCCUUACAAGACCCCCACCAGACCAGCGCCUUUGACGCAUUCAGACCCGAACCCAACUCUUCCCACCCGGAUCUCAGUUUCAGCAAGACUCCCGCAGCGGCGGAGCUGAGCUCGUCCCUGAACUCCAACUAUCUCAACAACUUCUUUCAGCUGCAGCGCAAUGAGGCCUUAAACAACAACGUAUAUAAGAAUGUGUCACCCUAUGGCUCCCUUAAUAACAUCGUGGAUGGACUCAACACCCUGACGGACCAUUUCUCAGACCUUUCCCUUUCUUCAGAGCCAAGGAAACCAAACAAAAGACCCCCACCUAACUACUUAUGCCACCUGUGCUUCAACAAAGGCCAUUACAUCAAAGACUGCCCUCAGGCCAGACCCAAAGGGGAAGGACUGACACCCUACCAGGGGAAGAAGAGAUGCUUUGGAGAAUACAAGUGCCCUAAGUGUAAGAGGAAGUGGAUGAGUGGCAACUCCUGGGCCAACAUGGGACAAGAAUGUAUCAAAUGCCACAUCAACGUCUAUCCACACAAACAGCGCCCUUUAGAGAAGCCGGAUGGCCUGGAUGUUUCUGACCAGAGUAAGGAGCACCCGCAACACCUGUGUGAAAAAUGUAAAGUCCUGGGCUACUACUGCCGCCGUGUGCAAUAAUCAUCUUUAUUCAGAGUCAGAGCAACAAGUCCUAUUGCUCAUCCUCCAUCAAGGCUGUUAACUUCCUCCCUUCACAUCCAGGUUUCCUACAUCCCUGCCCUGCACACAACAUGGCGUCCCUUCCUCCUCACAUCUUCCCAUCCUCUCAGAAGUCUCAAAUAUAGGUUUUUAUUUUUCUGUCCCUCUUCUCAACCACCGGUGGAUCACAGAUUUGUAAUCCUUUUUUUUUUUCCAAUGACAGUAUUGAAGACCACAUCGAGGAAUGAAAGGAACACGGUAACCUAGGAUCAAUCUCUCCAAGUGCUCCUCAUCAAAAGCUUUUAUUUUCUUGUGCCACAUGCAUCAGAAACAACACAACCCCAUUGAUCCAACUCAAUGAUUAACAACAGCACAUGGCAUAUUGAUGAAUUAGCAUGCAUUACAUCGGUGUCACUGACAGUAUUGGUCUCAAUAGAUUACCUCACCUUGGGGUUUGUUGGAUUUGUGUUUACAGAGAUCUGCCUUCCAAUUCCCCUGCCAAGUGAACUGUGUGUUAAUGUGACGAACAUUUAUCACUCACAAUGGUAUAAAGUGUAUGAGGCCUUUGACUUGCCGUGUUAGGGUCAACAGCACAUCUUAUUAACUGUGAAAUAACUGAGGGACAAUGUGCCAUACAUCCCUAGCUUACAUUUGGCCUAUUUAUUUCCUUAUUGUCUAGUGUGCAAUUUGAAUUUUAACUGGGAUAUAACUAAAUGUUUUUUGUAUGUUUGUAUAUCACUUUAUUGUGUAACUGCUUCCACGCGUCUUUAGAAACUACUGUAGGUUCAGUUGCUCUUUGUCUAGAUUUAGUGCAUUGCUAACGGAUAAGGUUUCAUUCACCCUCCCCAGAAUAUUUUUGUUGCGACACAAAUUCUAAGCUAUCUAUAGUUUUAGAUAGGUAUAGAUGUUAGAUAGUUACAUUUAAAUCACUAGAAGGAGCUGUAAGAAAAAGAACACUAGUUGUAUUAACAAUAAAGCAUUAUGAAACAUUAUUUUGACGGUUAACUAAAGCCAAAUUAGACAAAAACAACUGAGAUGUUAGUUUGAAAAUGUUUAAGAUAGACUUUAGAGUUCACAGCCAAUGCCUGCAAACCUUAGUGGAGUCAAUAAAGCAAAAUGGAAGAUGUUGCACCUACAAACUAUGUCCAACAGCUGAUUGCAGUGUAAAGACUGUGUAAAAGGAAGUGAAGUUUUGGAGAACUGCGAUGAUUUUCAGAUUAGUUGAGAGAAACAAUAGGAAGUAAAAUAGGAGGGCUGAUUUGUGAUGUGGAGAUGUUGAAGAUUCAAGGAUAUAUUGAAAGUGAUGAUGAAUUAGGUUUACAAUUUUUGUAUGAAUACAAGUGCCUACUAUUUUAAACCAGUGUCUUUAAAAGACAUUUUUUAUAGGAAAUUAUGAACUUUUCUAUAUCGUACUGUAUUCCUAGCCUUAUAAAAACUGGUUGACUAUAUUUUAUAAUGUAACAUAUUGUAUGUGCCUUAAAAAAAGAUUGAAAUCAUGCUGAAGUAUCAGGACUAUAGGAUGCCAUUUGAAAUGAGGAAAGACAAAUUGGGAUAGGCUCAGAGAUGGAACAGUACACGUGCAUGUGGUAACUGGGAUGCAUAUUACGUUUAAGGCAGGUAAAAGGAGUUAAAAAGGACAAGGGAAUUGUACAGUUUCUCUAUUAGUUUGAACUUGCAUGGUGGGUGUUCGCUUCAACAAAGUUUGCUGAGUUGCAGGCAUGGGCUGAAACAGCAUUUCCAGCUGGCAAUAACAAAUCCUACUGUGGUCUGUUGUCAUGGAAUAUCCACAAAGAUGUUAUUUCUUAGUCGAUACUCACAACAGAAUGGAGUCGUGCAUGAAACUGUGGACCUCGCUCUUUGUUGUUUUAAUCUAUUGUGGCAAUGUUUAUCCAAGGAACUGUCGGUUUUGUCAAAAAAUAUACAUGGUCCCUUGCCUUAGUGGGAGAGUUUGCAGAGGCUGAUAACGGUAGCCUACAGUUUAAGUUAAAGGGGCAUUCCAGUGACUUUAUAGUUUAGGUAAGUUGGGUUGCACGACACUUAAGAAUGGUCAAUGCAGCAGAGGCAUAGAUAUGCAUAUCUUUAACACCUAGUGUGACUCAGGCUACAAAACACUGAAUCCUACCUUUCCCAUAAUGCAGCUCGACAGCUUCUUUCAAUUUCUGCGAUGUAAAUGCCCACAUCUUUUAAAAAUCCAUUUGUUUCAAAUGUGUCUCUAAAUCCAAGCUGAGAAAACAGUGAUGCAAUAGCUCUCAGACUCAACAAAGUUCCUCCAGAGCUACAGAAGACGUUUCACAACAAAUGUCACCGUCCAAUUAGUCCUGCCUGACGAGCAAACAGAAUUUAAUGAGUACAAUUGCUGGAGUGCCCCCUUAAAAGAAAGAAUUUGUGCAUCUAUACGACCCCAAAGCUGAGACCUAAUAUGAAUGAACGAUUCUGCUUUUAGUUGGGAACAAUCCAUUAUUCUUACCGUUAACAUCGUCUUUCGUUUGCUCCGUGUGAUGACACUAGCCUAACAGGUCGUUACUGAACCUUAUUGUCCACAUCAUACCAUGUGGCUGUAGUGAGAGGGAUAGAUACCAAUGAUGCCUUAUGAACUAACCUCAUAAACAAAUAACAAUAUAUGUGAUUCACCAAUCCUAAAGUUAGAGUUCUAUUCCGCCCAGAGAAACGUUAUAAAGGCCAUUUUGAAUGGCAAAUCACGAGCCGAUGGAAGCAGUUCAUACAAUACAUAUGAAAAAAAAAAUGAAAAAAAAUCUCUGCUUUCAGACAUGAUUUCUUGAAUUUCGUGUACUUGACUUUUAUAGUACCUUUCCAGUUCAAAUUUGUUAUUUUCUAUGAAUGAGAUGUGUAUUUUGGAACACUUAAUAGAUGUUGAAAAUUGUAAAGCAAUCUGCAAAGACUGAAGAGUUGUUUCCCUGACAAAGAUAGAUUGUUUUAUGUAUAUAUUUGAUGGCCAUCAUUAUCGAGAAUAGUAGCUCUUUUAAAAUGUUAUGCAAUAUUGAAGCUUUUUUUUGUGUGAAGAAGGGCCUAUUGCUAAUAAAUAAAUUAAGCUGGGAGUUUUUUCUUUAUGUUUUACAAUAAUCUGAGGGGUUAUCCUGCAGAAAUAUUUAUGGAAAGAUUUUUUACAACACUUUUUGUAUAGAAUAUGCAACAAAGUUACACUAAAGAAGGAAAAUAUUGAUGUCUACAUAGAGUAUUAUUAAACUAAAGCUGGUACAUAAUUAAUACCCUUUCUCAAUUAUAAGCCAUUGUAUUUUGUUUUGUUUUAUGAUGUUAUCAGUGGUGAAUAACCCAGUUAUUUGGUUGUUAUGUGUAACUAAUUAUGAGCUGCCAUUUACAUCCAUACAGUCGCAUGUAUUCAUUUUGUAAACAAUAUUAUGAAGAUAUAUAUUGUGAUAACAUGCAGAAUUUUUCUUUUCUUAAUUAGUGAUGGAUACUCACCACUGUAUAAGCACGUUAAACUGUGAGAUGUAGUUCAAGCUUAAAGCAGCAAUGACAAGAAACUAUUAUAAAAUGUUAUGGUGUUAUUAGUAGUCUUAGGGAUUGUAUACUUUUGUUAAAAGGCAUGUGUGACAAAGAACUAUUUUAGAGUUUGCAUGUGCAUGUGUUUGGUUUUGAAUGAAAUAUCAUUUUGUGCAAUGUAUACUUAUUUAAAUACUUUACAGUAGUUUGCUACAGUACAUAUUGUUUUUAACAUUAUCAGCAACUUCUGAUUGUUAUAAGUCUUGAAGUAUUUACCGCUAGUGUAGCCUCUACGAAUAAUACAUAUUUACUGAAUGUAAUGUGUUAACACUUAUGUGGUCAAUUAGGAAAGUUAUGUUUGUAUUCUUUACUGUCUGUAUCACUUGAGAUGUAUGUGUUGCAUUGUUGCAAUAUUUGAAUUGGACAGAACACAGGCAUGAGGUAGGGAAGAAAAUGAUUUUUUGGGAAACAAAGACAUGGUCAUGGUUUCAAGAGUAGACCGCAGGUCUGUUUUUCAUGUCCAUGAAAUGGCAUUCCAAAAUGUGCCUUAUUUGUUAGUUGGGAAAACAUUUUAGUGCUGUUGAGCGUUUGUUGAAUAAAAGUCAUAUUGAAUUAG